CUCGCAAACACACCACCCCACCGCCCAAAAUGCUCCACACCCUCUCCCUCUCAACACUGCUCCUCCUUCCCAGCGUCCUCGCCUCUCCCCUCUCCUCGCCCCAACAACCUCUCCCGCUCCUCAUCUGGCAUGGCCUAGGCGACAACUACGCCGCAGACGGCCUCCACACCGUCGGCGACCUAGCCAACGAAACAAACCCCGGCACCUACAUCUACUACAUCCGACUCGACGAAGACGCAGCCUCAGACCGCACCGCGACCUUCCUCGGCAACGUAACCGAGCAAAUCGCCCAAGUCUGCACCGACAUAACCACGCACCCGAUCCUCUCCACAGCCCCAGGCCUCAACGCGCUUGGCUUCUCCCAAGGCGGCCAAUUCCUGCGCGGCCUCGUGGAGCGCUGCCCUGCCGCGAAAGUCCGCAAUCUAGUCACCUUCGGCAGCCAGCACAACGGCAUCGCAAAGUACCAGCUGUGCGGCGCCACCGACUGGUUGUGCAAGGGCUACAUCGGCCUGCUCAAGGCGAAUACCUGGGGGAACUGGGUCCAGAGCCACCUCGUCCCUGCGCAGUACUAUAAAGCGACAAACGACUCCACGGGCGAGCCUACGGAUGAUUACCUCCAGAAUAGCAAUUUCCUCGCUGAUAUCAAUAACGAGCGCGUUUUGAAGAAUGUGUCGUAUGCAAGCAACCUCGCCCUGCUGGAUGCGUUUGUCAUGUAUGUGUUCGAGGAGGAUACGACGGUCAUCCCCAAGGAAAGCGGGUGGUUCGCGCACACGAAUGUUACGAGUGGUGAGGUUACACCGCUGCGCGAGAGGCCGAUCUACAAGGAGGAUUGGAUCGGGCUGAAGGCGUUGGAUGUGAAGGGCGGGCUGGAGUUUAAGACUGUCAAGGGCGCGGGGCAUAUGGAGCUUGAUGAUGAGGUGUUGACGGAUGUUUUCGAGACGUACUUCUCGGCGGAGAAGGCGAGUUGGGAGGGAGUGAGUGAGCAGGAGGUUGUUGAGCUGUGAGAUCGUGGGGAGUGUGAGUUGGCAAGGCGUUUUGGGAGUAAUGUGUAUUGGGUCAAGGUAACUGUAACACGAUGUAUAGUAUGAGUACGACAGGGCGAGGCGUAAUGUGAACAAGGCAAUAUGUCUAUGAACUACCAAAGACUCGUACGUGGUAUAUCACACCAGCUUGAAACCAGUAUUUUGAGCGCCCGAACGCCAACACCCAUGCGCCGUCUUAUGCAA